CCCAAAAGUCCUCACAAACCACUAUCAAACCAUUACAUAUGUAUCAAUCGUGCUAAAGUGAGAUAACUUUGGGUCUGUAUUUAAUCAUUUUCGGGAUUUAUGGGGGGUAGGUGUGGGGAGAACAAGAACAAGACCUGAGUUGUUAAACUUUUUUAUUUUGAGAAAAAAAAACAUUGGACAUAGUAAAGCCAUGGAAGAGAUCACCAAGAACCUAUCAGGGACUUCUCUUUUGGUACCAUCAGUUCAAGAAUUGGCUAAAGAAAAGAUAUCUAAUGUUCCACAAAGAUACAUUCAACCUCAACAUGAAGAAGACAUUGUGAUCCUCUCUGAAGAAGCUAAUAGUAGCCUUGAGAUUCCAGUUAUUGACAUGCAGAGCUUGCUUUCUGAAGAAUCUGGGAGCUCAGAAUUGGAUAAACUUCACCUUGCUUGCAAAGAAUGGGGAUUCUUCCAGCUGAUAAACCAUGGUGUUAGCUCAUCCUUGGUGGAGAAAGUAAAGUUGGAGAUUCAGGAUUUCUUCAAGCUUCCAAUGUCAGAGAAGAAAAAGUUUUGGCAGAGUCCACAGCAUAUGGAGGGUUUUGGACAAGCAUUUGUUGUGAGUGAAGACCAAAAACUUGAUUGGGCUGACCUUUUCUUUAUGACUACUCUUCCAAAACAUUUAAGAAUACCCCACUUAUUUCCACAGCUCCCUCUUCCUUUCAGGGACGCCUUAGAAAUUUACUCACAGGAACUUAAAAAACUAGCCAUGGUUGUUGUUGAACAAAUGGGAAAAGCUCUGAAGAUGGAAGAAACAGAAAUGAGAGAGUUUUUUGAAGAUGGUAUGCAGUCUAUGAGGAUGAACUAUUACCCACCAUGUCCUCAACCAGAGAAGGUAAUUGGCCUCACACCCCAUUCAGAUGGAGUUGGUCUCACUAUCCUCUUACAAGUCACUGAAGUAGAAGGGCUCCAGAUAACAAAAGAUGGCAUGUGGGUUCCUAUCAAACCCUUGCCUAAUGCUUUCAUUAUAAACAUUGGGGACAUGCUCGAGAUUAUAAGUAAUGGAAUAUACCGAAGUGUUGAGCAUCGUGCAAUGGUGAACUCUGCAAAAGAAAGGAUUUCAAUUGCAACAUUCCACACAUCAAAACAUGAUGGGGUGAUAGGUCCUGCAACAAGCUUGAUCACUGAAAAAACACCAGCACGGUUCAAAAGAAUCGAAUUAAAGGAGUUUUUGAAGAACCUAUUUGCUCGUAAACUUGAUGGAAAGUCUUACCUAGACACCUUGAGAAUAUAGCAUAACUUAAUUUUGAAGUGAUUAAAUUCAGUACUGCUGUAUUAUAAAUCCUUGUAACUGGAUUAUAUAAAUUAUUUAAAAUUAAGUUAUUCUAUAUUCUCAGGGUGUUGCCCAAGUGCACCCCUUGAUAAUUUGCUAUUAUCCUUGUAAUUGGAUUAUAUAAAUUAUUUAAAUUCUCCAUAGUCUAA